ACCCUGAUUUGGCGUUUUUAUGUUACAUUGUUCUGUGUUCGUAGAACAUUUGAAAUGAAUCAAUCUACUUCUCCUUCAAUGAAUUUACUGCCAAAAAGGCCUUUUCGACUUGCUCAUCAGAUACUCUCUUUGCCAAAAAUUGACUUUGCUCAACGCAUUGUGAUUGGUUUUACCCAGUUGGUAAUUUGGCCACUAGAAACUACCCUUCGGCGCAUUCCAUUGAAUGUGCGCCAGUGUUCCAUACAUCGAGUUGUCGUUGAGUCUGCGGAGGAUUACUUUCGGGGCCCUUCGGACACAUAUUCGCGUAUUUAUCCCUCUGUCGACGUGCCUGUGGUUUUUUCCGACCCCUGCGAGGAGAUUUGCAAACAGGAUUGCAAGUUUAGGACGCUGGAUAACUUUGAAUCCCAACAUGCCUCAGUUAUAUCCACUACAGACCCUGACGAAGGAGGUGGUGAACUCACUGUGCGGAUCCCACCCUCUCUUUUUAGGCUAGUGCAGGACAAAAAACCCCUUCUUAUCACCAUAGAGUUUUCGCUCACGCGUCCUGAAUACGGCUUUCACUUUGUUGUCCCUGAAGAUGGUACCUUAGCGACCGCGUAUGCCUUUACAGGCGGUCCACCUAAUUCGUCUCGCUCCUGGUUUCCGUGCAUCGACUGUAGCGAACCUUGCACUUGGAAAAUUGAAAUCACCGUUGACGAUGAUUUUGUUGCAAUAGCUCCUGGCGAACUACUUGGCCCGCCAGAGUAUACGGAGGAUUUACGAGAGAAAACCUACCAAUUUUUCCUCGCUCAGCCAACUUCGGCACCAGCCAUUGGUUUAGUUGUUGGCGCCUUUGAAAUCGUUCCUGACCGAAGUGAAUCAACGGGCAGUACAGUAAUAACGCAUUUUUGUCCGAAGGGUUUGCGCAGUCUUUUGGUACAUAGCUGUCAAUCACUUGCAGGGAUUGUUGAAUACUAUGAAGGCGAGCUCGCCUCACAGUUUCCGUUCCACUCCCUUGAUUUCGUGUUUGUCGAUCGUGCUUUCGAAAGUCAUCAGUCGUUCGCCUCUCUUGUAGUCUUCUCUGUCGAUUUGCUCUACUCUCCUCGGAUAAUUGAUCAAGCAAUUACGUCCCGUCGUAUCUUUGCUUUUGCCGUGGCGCAACAGUUUUUUGGUUGUGCGCUACAGGCUGAGACAUGGGCGGGUGCCUGGUUGCCCUAUGGAAUAGCCGGCUACCUUGCUGGUCUUUAUCAGAAACGCGUAUUUGGUAAUAAUGAAUAUCGGUAUUUUAUCGCCAAUGAAAUGCGCUCUGUUACUGGAUACGAGCACGCAUGUAACGGCAUAGUUUUGGAUCCAACUAAGUUACAACGCAAGAGUACGUACUUCAGCCUGAAAUACCCACAAGUGCUCUCGCCGGACUAUCUGAGUGCAUACAUAAAAAAAUCGCAUCUAGUGAUUCGAAUGCUUGGUUUGCGUUUUGGGCAGCGUGUCCUUCUACAGGUGUUCAACAAACUCUUUGUCUUGGCUCGUCUCUCAACUACUACUUCAUGCACAGAAGAGGAGGUGCCUGCGAAUGGCACAUCUGCUCCUCACAACAGUAACAACGCCGCUGCCACAUCCGAGGAUAAUGUUGUACCCCCCAUGUUGAGUGACGAGAACCGUGCCAACCUUCUACUCUCAACCAAAUCCUUUCGGCGCAUCAUCUCCACCGUCACUGGGCAAGACAUAGCAAACUUUCUCAAUCAUUGGGUUCGUAAGCCAGGACAUGUUCGUCUCUUUGCCAAGUUCCUCUUUAACAGGAAACGGAAUGUUGUGGAGUUGGAGUUGAAGCAGGAUCUGCAGUCACGAAGUACGCUAAACUAUACAGGUCCAUUGACAGCCAUGUUACAAGAACUUGACGGCCCCUUCAUGCAUACCUUCAAGUUGGAAGAGGGUCGAACCUCUAAGGACCUUCAGUGUCACUCAAAGUCACGAAAACACAAAAAGAAGAAAAUUCCCCUAUCCAAUGGUGAUGAGGUGGAGAUGGAUCUUAGCCGGAUAUACCCCGAUUCACCACUUCUCUGGCUACGAUUGGAUCCUGAUCUCACCGUCAUUCGCAGCAUCCACACUGAACAGGCCGACUUCGCCUGGCACCUUAUGUUGGCCUAUGACAGGGACUGUCUGGGCCAAUUGGAGGCUGUGCAUGCUCUCAUUGACUGUGCGUCACAGGAAACACGUCAUGUUCUUUCCAAUAUCGUCGCUGAUGAACAGAUUUACUAUCGGGUUCGGACAGACGCUUGUUUUGCCCUCUGUCGAGUUGCCAAUGAGCUGACAAGUGUUGGUGGUGGCGGUGUCGGCCUGGGACUGUCCGCAGGUGGCGGUGGAGUUGGAGGCAGCUCUAGUCACCACACCCACCAGACUUCCUCCGUUCUCAUCCCCCUCUUUUGGCAACUCUACUCCUCACCUCUAACCCGUGGACUUGUACGUCAAAACGACUUUUCCAAUCUACAACGCUACUUUUUGCAAAAAGCCAUUGUUCGUGCAGUCGCCACUCUGCGUAUUCAGCAAGUGUGUCCAUGGGAUGUGCUUAAUUUCCUUGUUGAGUUGAACCGUUACAACGAUAAUUCUCGCAAUGCAUACUCCGACUGCUAUUACCGGGCAGAGUUGAUCAAUGCAAUGAAAGAUACACUGACACCUGCUAUUGUAAUGCGUGGUGUAAUUUCGGUCUCCUCCUUGCCGAUUGAAGUGAGAACCGUGGUGGAGGAGGUGGCAAGAUGCCUGAAUCGUGAUGCUCAAAUUCCAAGCUAUAAGAGAAUGGUCACUGUGGCAUGUCUCCUUGCAAUACGGCGCUUACAACGGUUCGGAUUCCUUCCAGUUGAUCCAAAGCUUUUUUACAAAGCUGCAGCUUCUGGUCAUUACACUGAUGUGCGUCUGGCUGCUAUAGAAUGCCUCGUCGACUAUGUUCGCGGAGAACGAGACCAGGCCGCUUUAGAAUGGUUAUUUAGCGAAAUCAUCGAGAAAAAAGGCACCUCGGAGGCCUCUUAUCCUCGUUUGCGGUAUGAAACAGUUCGUUUGCUGAUUGCUACACCUCCAUUUAUCCGUGGAGAGGCGGGAAGUAGACUUGAUACACCACAGUUGGUUGAUCGAAUUUGGUCGUUAAUGAAUUAUGGGUGUGCUGGAGACUCGAGAUUGCGUUGUGCUUUGACCGAUCUCUACUACACCCUCUACGGCAAUCGACGACCCUCUUGUCUGCCUCUGGCAGAUGGUAUGCUCCUGGUUCGGGUGCGUGAGGGUCGUUCAAUGAUGCGAUUACCAGAAAAGGAGGGUUCAGUGGACGGUGAUCGAGCUGAUGGAAAUGAGAGUGGCACGUUGGAACCAACUAAUCGACCUCAAUUGGAGAAUCGUUCACCUCUCAAACGAAGAAUGGAGCAUUUGAGUGAUGAUGAUGAUGAGUACACCGUAAGUUCCUCGAGGGAGUGGACUGAACAGAUCUUCUCCUUUCUCGGUGAUGUGAUGGUUUAUUAG